AUUCCAUCCCACCACAGGCGAACCCCAACCAACAUCAGGGCCUCAUUGACCCCGGAGAUGACCCAGAAUUACGACAGCACUCUUUCAGUCAACGACAGAAAACCCUUGAGAUUUCCCUAGGGAGCCCGUUAAUCAGUUAGCCAAGCCAAACCACCACCCCCGCCGAACCCCACGAGACGGUGAUAGACUGACAUAGAGCCGAGACAAAGAUUACAGUCGUCCCCUUUCACUUUACUUUUUGCGAUCGAAGCCACAUAAGGAUCAUGGCGGAUGUGCAAGAGAUCCUGAGGAAGAAGUUUGGCGGUGCCGCCCCCUCGCGAACGGGUGGCAAGGGCACGCCGCGACACAAGCAGAAGCGAAAUGUCGCGAGGAGCGCCAACGAUGACAAGAAGCUGCAGGCCACCCUCAAGAAGCUCAACACCCAACCCAUCCAGGCCAUUGAGGAGGUCAACAUGUUCAAGAGCGACGGCAACGUCAUCCACUUCUCCGCCCCCAAAGUUCACGCCGCCGUCCCUGCAAACACCUUCGCUAUCUAUGGAGCUGGCGAGGAUAAGGAAUUGACGGAGCUUGUCCCCGGCAUCUUGAACCAGCUCGGCCCCGACUCGCUCGCCUCUCUGCGGAAACUGGCUGAGAGCUACCAGAGCAUGUCCAAGGACAACAAGGAGGCCGAUGAUGACGACAUCCCUGACCUAGUAGCCGGCGAGAACUUCGAGAGCAAGGUGGAAUAGAUAGCUCACUCUCGAAAAAAAAAACAUAAUGAAAGAAAUUACCCUCCCGCGAACAGAAAAAAAAAGAAUUUGCGGGAGUGCCGGAAAAUCUGGCGCCACAUCGGGUUGGUAACACUGGUCCUUUCAUCAUAUCAGUUCAGGUGAAAGGUUGGGAAGGGGAUUUCUCGGUAGCUCAUCCCGCAUAUCCCCAGAGGAACUUUUCUUUCCCUUCUAGCUACACAAUAUGUCGUUAUUUCCGCUAUUCUGACUUUGUCUGCUCCGCCGUCCCAUUUGUUCCUUCUUUCCACGCGAAGCGGGCGGCGGAAACGAUGGCCCAAGCUCCACACACACACACAGGGAGAGAGUGCCCUCGGCGGCCAGUUAGUAGGACGACGGCAGCUUGCGUCGCCUUUCGUCGCGUUGCAAU